AAAUUAAAUUACAUGGGAGUUGUGAUCACAUAAUACAUGUCUAAACCAACAGGUUCCUGGGUGGAGUUACAGAUGAACGGCAACGGCAAUAGCAAUGAUAAUGGCAAUGGGAAAAACGGAGGUCUGGAACAUGUCCCUUCAUCAUCCUCCAUCCACAAUGGAGACAUGGAAAAAAUUCUCCUGGACGCCCAACAUGAAUCAGGACAGAGCAGUUCAAGAGGUAGUUCCCACUGUGACAGCCCUUCACCUCAAGAGGAUGGACAGAUAACUUUUGAUGUGGAAAUGCACACAAGUAAAGACAGUAGUUCUCAGUCUGAAGAAGAAGCAGUAGAAGGAGAGAAAGAGUUGGAAGUUUUGAAGAAAAGUGCUGACUGGGUGUCAGACUGGUCAAGUAGACCUGAAAACAUUCCUCCCAAGGAAUUUCAUUUCAGACAUCCUAAACGUUCGGUGUCUUUAAGUAUGAGAAAAAGUGGAGCAAUGAAAAAAGGUGGCAUUUUCUCUGCAGAAUUUCUUAAGGUUUUCAUUCCGUCUCUGUUCAUAUCUCAUGUUUUGGCUUUGGGACUAGGCAUCUACAUUGGAAAACGACUGACCACACCUUCAGCCAGCACUUACUGAAAGUUGGAUUGCAAAACCUGGAAAUCCAUGUGACCUGUGAAGGUGUUACUGUCUCAUUUAGUACAUUUGACUUGAGACCAUUUUAAGCAUGACCCUGACUUCACCCUUUCCUUACGUAUCCAGGUUUUCGCUAACUCUGGAAUUCAGUAUUGUGUUGGAACUCUGCUGAGGUGUUUGCUAUCCACAUUCUUUCCCUCUCUCCUCCCAUUCCCCUGCCUCUUGGCCUGCAAGACACGUCAGAGUUGCUGAAUGGAGUUUACAACUGUCUAUAUGUUGCAAGGGCUUUUCUCAAUGCAAAAUGCCACCAGCAAGUUUUAAUUUUAUCAGUGAUGCUGUUGCCUCCUUAGUGCAACCUGACUUAAAUUGCAGUUGUGCAUGGUAUAAAUGUUGACUGUAUUAUGGUGAUAAAAUUAACAGUCUCUUUGGAAGA